AUGAGUGACCCUCUCAAGUCGAGAAACGAGGCGAACUAUGCGUCGGCAAGGGAUAGCGAGUACGGUGAUAUUGUAUAUGAGGAGGAAUGGCUGUUCUCUCAAAGGACAAAGCGUGUGAUUAUAGCCAUCAGCGUCAUUGCAAGUAUAUUUUUCGUCUAUCUCUUUUGCGUUUUAUUGCCGAAAAUGUUCAUCCCCGAGCUGAGGCCCCUUGAGGGAAUUGUCAUGGUUCAAGACUUGCCAGUCUCGUUAGAUCCAGUGGAUCCGCAAACAGCCGCCGAAUGGAACCUAGGGGACUGGAAAGUCGCAGAUAAUGGCGAUGAGGAAAGUGACGAUGAAGAGGAACCAGAGGCCACAACUUCGAGAAAGAAGAUUGGAAAGUUAAGAGAGAGACUUAUUCUCGUUGGCGAUAUUCACGGCCAGUUGAAAGAAUUCAAGAAACUCCUCGGCAAAGUUAAGUAUAACCAAGAGAAAGAUCAUCUUCUUGUGUUGGGCGAUUUCAUCACCAAAGGAAGAGACUCGAUUGGUGUUCUCGAAUUGCUUGACGAAUACAACGCAGACUGCAUUUUGGGCAACCACGAGUAUUAUGUUUUGAACAACUAUGCCAGGUUUCACGGUUUGGAUAGCCCAUUCUUCGUUGCGGAAAACUCGACAGUUCCUUUCCGGAGCCUUCUGGUGUCUCCAUCAGGUUUUAUUGAGGACCCUGAGUACUUAUUGGCCAAGAAGUUGCAGCCAGAACACAUUGCAUACAUCAACAAAUGUCUGUUGAUCAAAAAGCUUGGUCCUGUACCUUUGCACUCUUCAAGGAACAAUGGAAAAAGGAAGCACGCAGAUGGUCUUGCUGUGCACGCCGGAUUGAGGCUAGAUGCUUUGGACAAUCUCAAUGAGCAAGAGCCGAUGGACUGUUUAGAAAUGAGAUCCUACUUGGCGCCUCACUUCAACGAAACAACCGACGAUCCCCAUGAGAAGAACGCCGUUUCUUGGUCCAAAGUCUGGAAUGCAAAGCAGAAAGAGGGUUCCUUGGACCAUGAGUACAUUGUAUACUAUGGGCACGAUGCCCGCAGAGGAGUCAAGUUGAAGAAAUGGGCCAAGGGCUUAGAUUCUGGCUGUGUGCGUGGCGACCAACUUUCAGCCAUGGUCAUUUGGCAAGAAAAAACACCAAAGGGACAUGUAUUAUAUAAAGAGCAGGUUGUUUCUGUCGAUUGCUGA